AUGAACGAUUCUGGAGCCAGGCCUUCUCGCUCUUCGUCCAACAUGACUUCGACAUCUCCCGCUGCUGCCGCCGCUGCACCCGCAGCCACCGCGCUCGCAAAGCCUGCCGCUGAUGAUUCUGCUUCCACUAUUACCGUCAACCCCAAGCCGGCACCACCCACCUUUCCCGCGCCAAAAACCGAUAAGCCACGACCCCACGUCUGCGCAACUUGCCAGCGGUCCUUUGCACGUCUGGAGCAUCUGAAGCGACACGAGCGCUCCCACACUAAAGAAAAACCCUUUGAAUGUCCCGAGUGCCAACGAUGUUUUGCUCGCCGAGACCUGCUUCUGCGACACCAGCAGAAGCUGCACCAAACCACCACCCCCUCGGCCCGCCCGCGCAACCGCCGAGAAUCUGCCAGCGGCGUCACUCCCGCCCAGGCUCGACGCAAAAAUAGCAUAGCAGGCGCCAGUGUUGGAGCUGCCGGCCAAGGGAAUGCCCAGAUGAGGCCGCGAGCCAAUACUAUAAGUCAUGUUGAUGGUUCCGCCAUGCAGAUGCUGGCCUCCACCAAUGCCCCCGUCGCCAGAGGCAUGGGCGGCCACAAUAGACACCCGUCGCUCGUCGGCCUGCCACUGCACAACUUUGACUUUGGUGGCAUGUCUCUCGCUCUCAGCCAGCGCGGCAUGGCCCUCAGCCUCUCCAAGCUCGACACGGGCACAAACGCUGAGCUGGACCCGUCUCUCAGGACCGCGCCGGCCGUCGGCCCUUUCGGCACCGAGUAUGACUUUGAGGGUCUGCUCUUCGGUCAUGGAUCUACCAUCAAUCCCAACGCCCUCCACUAUAACGACUCGCCCCAGUCCAUGAAUGUCGAUCAGCAGUCUCCCUUCAGCGGCAACCUCAACGAUCUGUCGUCUGGUCAGCCGUUUGACGAAGGGUUUGACUGGGUCGCCGGCUUCGAGCACCAGAUGACAUUCCAAAAUAACGAAAACGCCAUUGACGGAUCGAGCCCCUCGGCAAUCAGCACAACGAGCCAGAGCGGCAUAAGCGAUGUGAUGGUGGACGGCUCCAAUCACCCGGUCCCGGCAGGGUCUUCCACCAUGUGGCAGCCCUCGGUCAUGGGACCGCCGCAGAUGACGAACCCUUUUGCGAUGGAUAUCAAUGGGUCGGUUUUUCCGGAUCUCCUAAACGGAGCACCUGUAUCACCUCAGCCAGCUUCUCAAAAGAUCAAUGACCCCUACCUGUCCCCGCAUCUCUCGCAGAGUUCAAUGAACCCAUCCGUCGUAACGGGACGCACCGCACAAAACAUAAGCAGCUCCCCAAGCUUCCAUUCCGGCCCGGACCCUACGCACCCCAUCGCUGCCGGGAACCUCGGAGCCUCUCCCGUAACCACCAUUACAGAUGCCACCAGGACCGCCAUCGUGAAUAUCCUCUCCAAGUCCCAGCCAUUUGGUCGUAGACCCGUCCUCAAGACUGCGCCGCAGCCUGCCAAUAAUCAGCCUACCGAACAGAAGCUGCCACAAACCGCGGAUCUCCAGCGAUACGUUACAGCAUACCUGACGCAUUUCCACCCACAUCUUCCAUUUUUGCAUGUGCCCACCCUCAACUUCGACAUGUCCAAGCCCGGCCACGAAGACGAAGAAGGUUCAACCGGCGGCAAAGGGUGUCUCGUUCUGGCCACUGCCAUGAUCGGUGCCCUGUACGAGCGAGAGCUUGAAGUGUCCAAGGAAAUUUUCGAUCUGUCGAAGCGAAUGGUGUUUAUGUUUUUGCAAGAUCGUCGGAAGCAGGAAAUGAGCAGGGCUAGGAGCACUCCGUCCUUGAGCGGGUCGCAGCCGAGCGACGACGGAUCUGACACGCCCAUCUGGCUGGUACAGACGAUGCUGUUGAAUGUGUCCUAUGGCCACAAUGUUGCCGAUAAGAUCGCCACCGAUAUUGCCUCGAUGCACAUUUCAAGCUUGGUGGGCCUUGCCCAGGGUGCUCAGCUGGCGAAGCCGAUACAACUCGUCGUCCCCAACAUCGAAGACGUGCACAUGGCCAACGAUGAUAAUUUUGAACGCAAAAAGGAGCACCUGCAAGAUCAGCAGUGGCUGGAAUGGAGCCGAAUGGAAGAGCGCAAGCGCACCUUGUACGCCGUGUUCCUCUUGUCCAGCGUUCUUGUAACGGCAUAUAACCACGCGCCGGCUUUGACGAACUCGGAAAUCAUGAUCGAUCUACCCUGCGACGAAGAAUUUUGGGCUGCGGAGACGAGUGUGGAUUUCUUCGCCAAAGGCGGUGUCCGCGGCGCGGCGCACAAUACGCCGCCGUUUCGCGAGGCCCUCGCCGGGCUGCUUCACUCAAGCCAACGGGAAACUGGCGAGCCGGCCAUUACCAACAUGUCCGGGGCCUUUGACAUGAUCUCCAACCCGGGCCGGCUAUUUGGCAGCAAGAUGAGCCCCAGCUCCUUUGCGAUGCUGAUGCUCAUUUACGCGCUCCACAACUACAUCUGGGAGACGCGGCAGCGACACCACAACAAGGUGUGGACGAACGAGGAGACGGAACGAAUGCACCGACACAUUGAGCCGGCCCUGCGCGCUUGGCAGAUGGCGUGGGCGAGCAACCCGCGCCACUGCGUGGAGCGACCGAAUCCGUACGGGCUAGGCCCGCUACCGGCCGACUCCAUCCCGCUUCUCGACCUGGCGUACAUCCGUCUCUUUGUGAACCUUUCCAGCGCCAAGGAGCGCUUUUGGGAGCGCGACUGGGUCGGCAUGGCCAAGGAGAUUGCACGGGGCAGCCAGGUGGUGGAGAACUCGUCCGACGAGUCGAGCACGGAGCCGAGCAGCCGAGCCGAGCCGGCGGACGCGACCAUGGCCGACGCCGUCGUGUCCGACUCGCCCGGCCCGCAGACGCAGUCGAUCGACUUUGCCAAGUUCCACGCGAGCAGCGACGACCCCAACUCGGCGGAGCGCGUGACCUCGCGGCGCGAGAAGCACCUGCGCAAGGCGUCCUUCUUCGCCGCCGACUCGCUGCUGAUGGCCGACCGGCUCGGCCUGUCCGUGGCGGACCUGUGGGGCGGGGAGCUCCCGCUGCAGGCGGCGCUCUGCGCGUUCGACUGCCUGCAGGUGCUCGCGGAGUGGGUGGCGACGCUGCAGGACCGCGUCGGUCCGUACCUGGGCAUCCUCGGCGGUGAUGGGGACGGCGGCGCGGGGGACAUUGACUACACACAGAUGCCGGCGGUCAUGAUUCUCGAGGAGGACGACGUGCGGCUGCUGGAAAAGGUGCGGGCCAUCGUGGAGGCGAUCGCGCGCAAGGCCCGGGAGAAGCUGGCGGCGGCGGGCGUCGACCCGGCGUUUGAGCUGGUGGAGCCCGGCGGGUACGUGCCGAAGCUGCUGCGGCUGUUCGGCGUGAUGCUGAAGAACGCGGGCGUCUGGCAGGUCUACCUGAUCCUGUCGCAGUGCCUGGAGUCACAGGCGCUGCACGCGCGGAGCCGCGCUCAGCGGUCGACCACGACGCCGAUGACGGAUUGA